GGGAGUCGGCGUCGCGGGCCGCACCCGACUCCGCCGGGACACUCUCCGGGCGCCCAGCUGGCAGGAGGCUGAACCAGCAGCUUCUGCCACCCCUCUGGCUGCCCUUUGGAGCCCAUCUAGCCCAGCCUGACCAAUGUCCACAGCCAGGGAGCACCCCAUCUUCAGCACAAGGGCACAUGUGUUCCAGAUCGACCCAGCCACCAAGCGGAACUGGAUCCCUGCGGGCAAGCACGCACUAACAGUCUCCUACUUCUAUGAUGCCACCCGCAACGUCUACCGAAUCAUCAGCAUUGGGGGUGCCAAGGCCAUUAUCAAUAGUACUGUCACCCCCAACAUGACCUUUACCAAAACCUCCCAGAAGUUUGGACAAUGGGCAGACAGUCGCGCUAACACUGUGUACGGCCUUGGCUUUGCUUCUGAACAGCAUCUGACCCAGUUUGCUGAGAAGUUCCAGGAAGUGAAGGAAGCAGCGAGGCUGGCGAGGGAGAAAUCUCAGGAUGGUGGGGAGCUCACCAGUCCAGCCCUGGGGCUGUCCGCCCACCAGGUGCCUCCAAACCCCCUCAUCAGCGCCAAUGGCCCCCCCAGCGACGAGAAACUGUUCCGCAGCCAGAGUGCUGAAGCCCCUGGCCCCUCAGAGAGAGAGCGGCUCAAGAAGAUGCUGUCAGAGGGAUCUGUGGGCGAGGUACAGUGGGAGGCCGAAUUCUUCGCGCUGCAGGACAGCAACAACAAGUUGGCGGGCGCCUUGAGAGAGGCUAACGCAGCCGCCGCCCAGUGGAGGCAGCAGCUGGAGGCCCAGCGGGCAGAGGCCGAGCGGCUGCGGCAGCGGGUGGCUGAGUUGGAGGCCCAGGCAGCCACAGAGCCAACCCCAGUCAGUGAGAAGGAGGGGCCAGGCCAGGUGCUGGAGCAGCUUGAGUCCUUAGUGCAAACCAAGGACCAGGAGAUCCAGACACUCAAGAGCCAGACAGGGGGAACCCGAGAGGCCCCUGAUACAGUGGAGUACGAGGAGAUACAGCAGAAGGUGCAGGACCUGGAAACCCGCAAUGUGGAGUUGGAGCAUCAGCUACGGGUGACAGAGCACAGCCUGGAAGAGGCUCGGGCUGAGCGGGAGCAGGCAAGGGCUGAAGUGGGCCGGGCUGCACAGCUGUUGGAUGUCAGACUGUUUGAGCUGAGUGAGCUUCGGGAGGGUCUGGCCCGCUUGGCUGAGGGUGCGCCCUGAGCCCAACUACAGGAGCAGGAGCUACGAGAGCAGGUUUUAUACCAAUGCUUCCCAUUUGAGGCAUGGGCUGGCUGCAGGCGGCCCAGCAGGCCAUUUGCCCUGGCAGGGACCAGGGCCAACUCAGCCCAGGGAGGACCUGUCCGCUCACAAGUCAGGGGCUGUUUGGGGCUUUUCAUUGUAUAGGAUUUCUAGACUCCCCAGGAUACAUGCUGGUACCCAGAUUACAUUUCUAACCAUGGUUGUAUGUGUGUAUGUGUGUGUGGUGUUUGGGCACCUAAAUGCCUCACUGGAUCCUCUCCUCUUGGGUACAUCCUAACUGCCCUGUCUGUGUAGGGCUGGAAAGCCACUUACAGGUGAGCAGGGUGAUUCAGAGACCACAGGGUGCCUAGGCCACACAGCUCUGCCUGGUUCUGCUGUGCCUAUCCUCUGGGGCUCAGCCCAUGUUGUCUAGACCAGUUUGGACUUAGGUGGCCCUGGUCAAGCCCCCAUUCACUCUGGUUACAACCCCUAGAUUUGAUGAGGUGGGCAGGAAGAAAAGCUCCUCGACCACAGUCAUUUUCACCAGGGAAGGGGAUGAUCUCACCAACCAUUUGGAGAGAUGCAUUUGCAUUGUCCAUUUUCAAAAUGAAGAAACAGGCCAACGGGCUUCACCAACCCAAGGUCACCCAGCUGGAACAGCCAGCACCGCAGUUCAAAGUUUUGGGACUGGCCCAUAGGAAUGGAGAACUGGGGUUGGGGUGGAGUGACACGAGGUUC